GUGAUUGACGGGGAACUGUUUUACCGUGUGAAUACCAAGGUGCUGAAAAAAGUCAAGGUCAUAUUCCACAAGCCAAUCAAGGCAAGAUCUGUUCAGAAGGAAGAAGCGAAAGAUGACGCCGGAAGCCAUGGCAACGGAGAAUGGUACGAGGAUGAUACAGCCGCAGCAGAAAAAGAAAACAUGGAUAUUUCUCUCCUAGAAGAACAGUCACGUACAAAGCCCAUGAAUAAAAUGAAAAUAUCUUUGAAGAAAAAAGCAAAAGGACGGUUCAUGACUUUGAAUGAAAUGGCUGAAUCUCCUCAGAAAGGAUUUGUGCCGGGUUCACCAAGGUCAGAGGCUCAGAGGUCAAGAACUCCUACUAGUGAAACGAUUGGUCAAAUCACAUCAGCCAAUAAAGGGGACGGACAAAGAAGGAAUGUGGCCACUUCUCUAUUUGGUGUAACAGAAGAUGCAUCUUUUUCAACACAUGUACAAAGUAAAGAUCUUUCUUCAAAAGACACAGCUGCGAAUGAAACUGGUGUUAUUUUAGAUAAAAAUUCAGUUGAGUCUAGAAAUCUAUGUGAUGGACAAGGAAAUGAUAAAGACCCUUCCAUUGCACAGGGUGAUGUACCUGUUCAAACAGCACAAGUCUCAGAAUCUGUUAGUGUGCAUUUACCUGUUGAGACAGUACAGAUUUCUGGUUCUGGUGAUGUGGGGCUACCUGUUCAGAAAGGCCAGACACCUGAGUCUGUUGGUGGCAAGUUACCCAUGAAGACAUAUGAUAAAAGCUCAUCUACUCAGACCUUUCAAGCUAAAAAUACAGAGACAAGUACCAGACAUUUACCUAUAGUGACUACUGUAAGUGCUGUCUGUAGUUCAAGCGUGAAUACCAACUCCGUUCGGGAGGAUAUCAGCCAGAAAUCAUCUUCAUCCAGCUCAUCACUUCCCAUCAACCUGGAUUUGAUGAUGGAGGAUGCUAGCUUGUCCCCUCAGAAGCGUCUGAUCCCAGCAGUGAACCUGUUACGACAUGCAGGUGAAUUUGGCUCUCCAUCUAAGGACAGCACCUGUUCUGACAUCUUGGCCAAGGCUGUGAAGGUGGCCAUGAUAGGACAGGGAGAUAUCACCAUGGAUACAACACUAAUGGAGGGUAGCAGUAACACCAGAGGGAGCUCUGGUAUACUGGCUAAAGCUUUCAACGAGGCCAUGAUGGGGCAAGGUGAUGGUUCCAUGGACUGCUCAUUCCUGUCCAGCAGUACAAGUGCUUCACAACCAAACUUAAUGUUAGAACUAUCCUCUAGUAGUGCUUUCUCCAUGGUCAGUUGUCCUAGAUUGGAUGACAACCAGAUUACUGUUCCUUUGACACAAACAAGUGUUACAGGAUCAGACAGGCCUGUUGUCCAUACAGAUAUUAGGCAACAGGAGAGUUUUAGGGAAUGUGGAAGUGAAGUUGAUGUUGCAAAGGAAAGCAUGUCCUCAGAGAAGGCUGAUCAGUCUCGCAGUGUGGGCAGUACUGAACAUUCAAUAACGAGUCAUUGUGUGGAGACAUCCGUCAACAGUGAUGUCAUUUCACAAUCCGCUGAUGACAUGUUAAAUGUAUCAACACCACUGUCCAGGGCUGGCCAGUCAUCAUCAUCACCCUCCACUAUGGAGAUAUCUAUGUCCAGCUCUGAUGAAGGGUCAAGGAGUCAGGACUGGUCAAAAGAAAUAGACAGACAAAUCUUAGAGUAUGUGAAGGAAAGAGGUACAUCCACCCAAACAUUUGAGGAGUUAGCUAAACAGUUGGGUAACAAGACAGGCAAACAGGUUCUCAUGAGGUUUCAACACAUGCUGGAGUUACUGGCUGAUGAAGAAACUGACCAUGACACAAGCUCCUCUAGUCGAUCUUCAGAAAUCCAGUAAUUUGAUGUAGACAACAGAUUCGACGUGUUCCUCAGAACUCCAGUACUUCAGUCAUCUGCCAAGGACAAGACCUAAUUUUCCUCAGAACUCCAGUAGUCUGCUAGGACAAGACUUGUCAACCUUCAAAACUCAGUUGUCUGCUAGGACAAGAGUUGUUGACCCUCAGAAUGCAAGUAAUCUGCUAGGACAAGACUUGUUGACCCUCAGAACUCAGUUGUCUGCUAGGACAAGACUUGUCGGUCCUCAGAAUGCAAGUAAUCUGCUAGGACAAGACUUGUCGACCCUCAGAACUCAGUUGUCUUCUAGGAUAAGACUUGUUGGUCCUCAGAAUGCAAGUAGUCUGCUAGGACAACACUUGUUGGUCCUCAAAGCUCCAGUAGUCUGCUAGGACAAGACUUGUCGGUCCUCAGAACACCAGUAGUCUGUUAGGACAAGACUUGUCAACCUUCAAAACUCAGUUGUCUUCUAGGAUAAGACUUGUUGGUCCUCAGAAUGCAAGUAGUCUGCUAGGACAACACUUGUUGGUCCUCAAAGCUCCAGUAGUCUGCUAGGACAAGACUUGUCGGUCCUCAGAACUCCAGUAGUCUGUUAGGACAAGACUUGUCAACCCUCAGAACACCAGUAGUCUGUUAGGACAAGACUUGUCAACCCUCAGAACUCCAGUAGUCUGCUAGGACAAGAGUUGUCGACUCUCAGAACUCAGUCAUCUGUUAGGACAAGACUUGUUGACCCUCAGAACUCCAGUAGUCUGUUAGGACAAGACUUGUCAACCCUCAGAACUCCAGUAGUCUGCUAGGACAAUACUUGUUGGUCCUCUGAACUCCAGUUGUCUGCUAGGACAAGACUUAUUAGUCCUCAGAACUCAGUCGUCUGUUAGGACAAGAGUUGUCGACCCUCAGAACUCCAGUAGUCUGCUAGGACAAGAGUUGUCGACCCUCAGAACUCCAGUAGUCUGUUAGGACAAGAGUUGUCGACCCUCAGAACUCCAGUAGUCUGCUAGGACAAGAGUUGUCGACCCUCAGAACUCCAGUAGUCUGUUAGGACAAGACUUGUCAACCCUCAGAACUCCAGUAGUCUGCUAGGACAAGAGUUGUCGACCCUCAGAACUCCAGUAGUCUGCUAGGACAAGACUUGUUGGUCCUCUGAACUCCAGUUGUCUGCUAGGACAAGACUUGUCGACCCUCAGAACUCCAGUAGUCUGUUAGGACAAGACUUGUCAACCCUCAGAACACCAGUAGUCUGCUAGGACAAGAGUUGUCGACCCUCAGAACUCCAGUAGUCUGCUAGGACAAUACUUGUUGGUCCUCUGAACUCCAGUUGUCUGCUAGGACAAGACUUGUCCACCCUCAGAACUCCAGUAGUCUGUUAGGACAAGACUAGUCAACCCUCAGAACUCCAGUAGUCUGCUAGGACAAGAGUUGUCGACCCUCAGAACUCCAGUAGUUAGUGUUAGGACAAUACUUGUUGGUCCUCUGAACUCCAGUAGUCUGCUAGGACAAUACUUGUUGGUCCUCUGAACUCCAGUUGUCUGCUAGGACAAGACUUGUCGACCUCAGAACUCCAGUAGUCUGCUAAGACAAGACUUGUCGACCCUCAGAAUGCAAGUAGUAUCUUAGGACAAGACUUGUUGUCCUCAGUAUAGUCUGCCAGGACAAGGCAAGUCGGUCCUCAAAACCCAGCAUUCCACUAGGAACGUAGAUUCCACAGUCAUGAUUAACAGAAUUAUUCUAGUCAGUUAUGCAAGAUGCAGUAGCUAGACAGUAAAAUACCCAGGACUCAGAAAUCCAGAAAUUGUUGUUUUUAUUUAUUUUUGCAGUAUUAGUUAUAUCUUUUCAGCAAAUUCGUUGUUGAUUUUAUGCAAGUAAGGUUUGCUGCCAUGUCUUCAGUAUAAUUGAUAAAUGAGAUUAAAUGUACAAGGUUGUCAAGAAAUAUUUUUUAAUUGUGAAGAAAUGUUUCAGUUUUAACUAAGUGUUUUGUUAAUAAUCAUGACGAUACAUAUUGCUGCUGCUUUAAAGGUAGAAGUGUCCCUGACUGUUUACUUGUUGUACUUUCACUGAAUAAAUAAUUCAAAAAACCUUUAAAAAAAGUAAUAAAACAGUUUAAAAACUAC